CUGGAGAUAAAAUUAGAGCAGUGAUCAGUGUGGACCUCUCUUGGUGUGUGUGUGUGUGUAUGACAGGGGCUUUCUUAACCAGCAUGACGUCAGCCGGUCUUUGCGCUUGCGUUGGCAGUCAUGAGCUUGUGGUUACCAGAGCAGGUUCUAUCAGCGGGGUGCCAAACCUCAAUUGAUUUGUCCAAAAACCCCUGUGUGACCGCAGCUCUGUUUCCUGUGUUUACAGCCACAGAGGUUGACUCUGCCUCUAUCCUCUUUCGACACCUGUCAGCCGUUUGAAAACACAACCCGUCACCGUGGAGACGGGCCCACAAUAAGGAGGCGAGGAGGAUUCCCCAAGCUAGACAAGACCUGAGAAGUCAAAAGGAGAAGAAACAUUCUGAAUCAGCCUCCACGAUGGACCAGCAGCAGCACGCCAAGGUAGAGCGAUUUCUCAAGUUGGGAUACUCUCACGGUGACAUAAUGAGGGUGCUGGAGAGCCUCCGCCAUGACGCACAGACCAAUGAUAUCCUGGAGGAGCUGAUAAAGACUUGCCACACUCGCAGCAACAAAAGUCUCCCAAAUAGCCCCAAGUUGGUGUCCAGAGGCUGCAGCCCUGGUCCCACUCAGCCCAGACCUGGAGGAGACAGAGAAAAAGUUGCUGACUUCAGACCAGUGGUUAUUGAUGGAAGCAACGUGGCCAUGAGCCAUGGCGACAAGAAGGUGUUUUCGUGCCAGGGCCUUCAGCUGGCAGUGAACUGGUUCUGGGACAAAGGGAUACGAGACAUCACCGUGUUUGUUCCCCUGUGGAGGAAGGAGCAGCCGCGACCUGAGGCACCCAUCACCGAUCAACAUAUUCUCCACGAGCUGGAGAGGAGGAAGAUCCUGGUGUACACGCCGUCCCGCUGUGUGAACGGGAAGAGGGUGGUGUGCUACGAUGACCGCUACAUCGUCAAGCUGGCCGUCGACUCCGACGGCAUCAUCGUGUCCAACGACAACUACCGUGACCUGCAGACGGAGAACCCCAAGUGGAAGAAGUUCAUAGAGGAGAGGCUGCUGAUGUACACGUUCGCUAACGACAAGUUCAUGCCUCCAGACGAUCCUCUGGGAAGGAACGGCCCCACCAUUGAUGAUUUUUUGCGGAAGAAGCCGUGGACCCCAGACAACAAGCUGCAGCAUUGUCCUUACGGAAAGAAGUGUACUUAUGGAGUCAAGUGCAAGUUCUACCACCCAGAGCGGGCCAACCAAUCACAGCUGUCUGUGGCUGAUGAGCUGAGAGCGCUGAGAGACAGAGCCAAGAACUUCUCGCCCAAACCCAGCCUGCAGGACACACACUGCUGCCCCGCUGUGUAUCAGCCGGAGCACGGAUACAUUUCAUCCACCCCUCCUCCGCCCCUGAGCGCAGAGGAUCAAUCCCUCAGGGCUUCACCCAGCGAGCAGUUCUUGUAUCACAGAGACACCAGCAGCCCGAGGAGCCAGCCAAACACCAGUCUGCACCUCUGCCCGAGCCCGGAUGUGGACGAGGCCUUCAGCUCCAUGGACAGCUCCAUGUCCAGGCUCUAAAUCCAUGAUGUGCCCCACAGCUACAGCAGUGGCGUGGCCAGCUACAGCCUGAGCCACGACGACUACUCCUUAUCAGGGUCCUAUGGCGGGAACACCCAGAGGCCCUGCCUGAGCGGAGGUUACUACCCCCAUCAGAACGGCUCAGUGUCCUGUGAACGCCCCAUGUGCAGCCACUGUAGGUGUGCUCACCAGGAGACAAGGGUGUCCCACCACCAGCACCACCCAGCAUGGGGUUCCUGUCCAACUCUGCCUCCACAUAACAGGGAGCAUCCUGGUUAUUAUUCAGAGAACCAGUACACGAGACAGCACUCCAACAGACAGAGCCACAGCUUACCAAGGGACCCAUGGGUGCAGGGCAGAGCCAAGAGUCCGUCCAGCGAGCAGAGGAAGGGCCUGAGGAGCCAGCUGAGCACCCUCUUCCCUCAGAGCAUGGUGGAGCAAGUCAUGAAUACUUACCCACACAUCACAGACAUGUCUGAACUGAUCCCUCUCAUCCAGAGCCACAGGACCAGUCACAUCUCCUUCUAGAUUAGAAAGACUUUUUUUUUGACUCAAACUGAGUCCACAUCGUAGUUCUCAUCCCAGAAACAAAGUGAAAACUGAAAAAAAAAUCUGCUUACAUACGAAUCAUACUGUGGCAAGCUUGCUUGAGCUCAUCCCAAACUCAGCCUUUAUCUUAAGCAUUAAAAGUGACUCGAUCUGAUGAAGUCUUGAAAAUGUAGCAGACUGAAUGCUGUUUCUUUAGUAUAAAAGUGCAAUGCACUACGCUCCAUACAUGCUACGUAUUGUAGCAGUGAAAAUAUUUUAUUAAAGCAGCAUGUGUUGUUUUUCUCAUGUUGCCUCAAAGUGAGGAACUCUAUCAUGCCAUUCUGUACUUGUGUAAAGAAUGACAUCGACCUAUUUUUAUAUAAAUUCUAGAGGCUUGUGUUUUUGCUGUUCCUGUGAAAUAAAAGCACUCAAAUCACUCCGGAUAAUUGUCAGUGAUUAACUUGUCCUUAAAGGUGGGUAAUACAAGUAUGGAAGUCCAUUUCUGCCUGUGUGAUGGAAGAAAAACGAUCCUUUAUCGAAAUAAUGACUAACUUAUCUCAACAUGACUCAGUAUCUUAAAAUAAUGGAAACUUUUUUAAAUUAGUCAGAAUCCAGGUACUGAGAGAGAGAGUUUCAGUCUUCAAUACGGAAGUAGAUGAACAAGAUAUUCACAGUGCUGACUGAAAUUUCGAGCUGCUGCUGCUCUCUGGUGGUUGAACCCACCAGUGUUGCUACACUACAUUUAGUGAUGACACAGCAGGUGUUUUUCAUCAAAGACAAAUACCCGCUGCAACAUGCUGAGAGCUCUGCCCUGCGUUCCAAAUCGCAUACUUCUACUAUAUACUUUUAGUAUGUACUGCAGCUGCCCUUAAAAAGUAUGUAGCGUAGUAUGCAGUAUGCAUGCAGUGUGCAUACUAUUGGGACACACUACAUCCGCCAUCACAUCCACCCUGAACUCCGACCCUCUUGCUCACCUCCGCCGCCGUCCGUAGCGCCACAUUUGAAUAUUUUGUUUUGUUGUACUUCGGAGAUGCAGCCAAUCUCCUCUCGUCGAGCCCGCCAGAGUCGCGCAUACCGUCGGAGGUGCUGGAGAGCUCUGUUGCUGUUAUGUCAUAAUAUAUGUUGUUGUUUCUAAUAAACUGAUGUGUUCACGUAAA